AUGCCCGUAAACAAGACGUACGGCCAGCAGGUAGUUAUUCAUCGUGCAGAUCUCCAUAACGCUCUAAUCGAGCAAGCGCUGGCGCUACCAAAUGUGGAACUUCGAGUAAACUCGACCGUCACCGAUGUUCAAUUUGACCCAGCAUCUGUGACGUUAGCCGAUGACACUGUUGUCCAAGGGGAUGUUGUGAUAGCUGCCGACGGCAUCAAAUCCACCAUCCGCGGCCACCUACUUGGCGAGGACUCGCCCUCUAAGGCCAUCCCAACAGGUGAUGCAGCAUAUCGGAUCAUGUUACCACGAAGCGUGAUGGAGAAAGAUCCUGAAUUAAAAGAACUAGUGGACGAGCCACAAGCAACUCGUUGGCUCGGUCCUGACCGUCACAUCAUUGCUUAUCCAGUUCGCAAGCAUGAGCUCUUCAACGUGGUACUGCUUCAUCCGGAUGGACAUGGUGUGGAGGAGUCAUGGACCACCAAAGGAUCGAAGCAGGAAAUGGUUGACAACUAUCGCGGCUGGGAUCGAAGGGUGCGGAAGCUCAUUGACAUGGUCGCGGAAGAUGAAGUUCUUGAAUGGAAGCUCUGUCUGCAUUCUCCGUUGAAGACUUGGAUUAAAGGUAGUGUGGCCUUAAUCGGUGACGCUUGCCAUCCUAUGCUGUCAGUUUCCCCCCCUGUUCUCUCGCAAAAGGUCUAUCCAACUAACGUCCCAUUCAGGCCAUACGUAGCUCAAGGCGCCGCGCAGGCUGUCGAAGAUGCUGCCGCCCUAGGCGUUCUUUUAUCGACAAUUUCAUCCAAACAUGAAAUUCCUAUUGCCCUCCGGGCAUAUGAAAAGUCCCGGAAGCAACGCGCGGAGACAGUUCAGCAGUCCGGCUCGGCAAAUCGUAUCACGCUGCACCUCCCUGAUGGUCCCGAGCAGCAGGCUAGAGACGAGCAGUUCCGACUAUCGAUGACCGGCGGGUCUAAUCCCGAUCGAUGGACAGAUCGUGAGACGCAGAAUUUCUUAUGGGGGUGGGAUGCCGAGAAAGCAGCCCUGGAGGCCUGGAAUGGUAAGUUUCCCAAGGUUGCUCACUUCAAUCCCUUCCUUUGUCAUUGA